UCAAAAGCCUUGGAAUCCUCGAGGCUCCGAGGGUGAAACGGAUCGCCAUGGCUCAUGAAGCAUUACUUGCCCAUCCUUGGGAACUUCGGGCGCUUGUCCCGUUGGCCCUUGGCGCUGGAGACCUUCCGCCGUGCCGAGCUCGAGCUGGCCGCGCGUCCGCGCACCGGGCGGCGCGUGGCCGCCACGGGCGCGGCGUUGCUGCGCGGCGCGACCAUUGGAGCCCUGUGCCGCGGAGCGCAGUGGCAGCGAGGGCUGGGACUGUUGGAGGAAACCAGGCAGCUCAAGCUGCAGUUCGACGUGAUCAGUUGCAAUGCGGUCAUCACCUCCGUGGCCAAGGGCGAUGCUUGGCAGCUGGCACCAGAGCUCUUGAAUCGGAUGCGCCGUGACGCCACCUUCCCGAAGCCCAACGUGGUCAGCUUCAACGCCACGUUGAGCGCCUACGCCCGGGGCGUCGCUUGGGCCAGUUCCAUGGCCUUGCUCGAGGACAUGUACACAUCCAAGGUGCACCCCGACCGGGCCACCUUGGGCGCCUGCGUCUCGGCGCUGGAGCAGAGCAGGUGCUGGCAGCAAGUCCUGCUUUUGUUGAGCGACAGUCGCAUGGUGGAGCCUGACCUCAGAGCCUGGAAUGCUUCGAUGAGCUGCUGCACGCGCGCUGAAGCCUGGCCUCACGCGUUGCAGUUGUUCCACAAGUGGCGCGAGCGCCUGACGCCCAACGAAAUCUCCUACAACACCGCGCUCAAUGCAUGGGAGCGCGGCUCCCACUGGGCGCCAGUCUUGAAGCUUUUCCAGGAGAUGCUGCACCGAGAGGUGCCUCCGGAUGUGGUGACCUUCAACACGACCAUCGCUGCGCUACAGUGGGAACGGUGGGAGUUGGGCUUGCAGCACUUUGAUCUCCUCAGACACCGUAAGUUGCGGCCCAAUGUGGUGACGCUGGGCACUAUCAUUGGUGCAUGUGGCCGGGGUUUGCAGUGGCAGAGGGCCCUCCACUUCUUUUGGCAGGGUGAUCGUUACGGCGACUGGGCGCCCAAUGAAGUGGCGGUGGUGUCAGCGAUGACUGCCUGCAAGCAAUCUGGCAGGUGGUUGGAGGCCUUGCAGCUCUUCCAGGACUUGGGCCGCCGGUCGCUGCAGCAGAACGUCGUGUCCCACUCCGCGGCCAUCGCUGCGUGCGCGAAGGCUGGCCAGUUCGAGCAGGUGGAACUGCUGCUGCAGCAGAUGCACGAGGCCUCGGUGCGCGCCAACGCCGUGGCCUUCACUGCGGCACUCCGACUGCCUUCUUUGUCGUGGCAAAGGGCGCUGGAGCUGUUCCGUAUCAUGGAGGCGCAAUGCAUCGAGACCGAUGCCUUCGCUUUCCAUCGCCUCGUGAAGGUCUGUCAGAUUGACUCGAUCUGGGAGGAGGCGGUGCGCGCCUUUGUUCGGAUGUGCGAGAAGCACGAGCCCCGAGCCGACACCUUCACAUGCGCCUUGUCUGCCUGCCAGAAGGCCACUGCCUGGGAGGCUGCAGUGGCACUGGCCACGACCGAGCCCUACAUGACGCUGGCCGAAGGGGAGGUGGAGAGAGAUCUGGUGGCCUCAGCCUGCCUUCAAGGAGGCCAACGCGAAUUGGCCUCGCAGCUCUUCCGCUUCAUGGAAGCCGCAUGCGGCAAAAGGGGCGUGCUGUGCAGCUGUGGGCAACAAUCUGAAGUCCCUGUCAUCGCACAGAGUGCCAAACUCACCUUCUUGGACAGACUUCUCAAGCAACUGCAUGCGCAGAACAUGGGUAUCAAUGAUGCGUGGCGGAAGGAGCUGCCUGGUUGCAAGUUUGCGUGUGGCGAGGUGGUGACAGCUGGUUCGGCGCGCUGGUGGAGACUGGCUUAUAGCGGUGCGCUCGCAUCAGCUUCGAUGGCUCAAGCAACGCGGCGUGGCUUGGUGAUCGACGUGGUGGAGGACGUCCUGAAGAUCGCCGAGGAAGCUGGAAACAGGAAGGUGGAAGCGCCGGCGGCAAAAGAGAGGCCAGAGAAGAAGACAGAGGCCACGGGAUUGGGCGAGGGAGAGAUGGUGCUCCGUGUUUGGAUGCCAAAGGUAUCCAAAGCUGGCUAUGGGCAGAGAGCGGCGCCGUGGCAUGCAGCUUACAAGGGCCGAGCCACGGACAAGGCCAUGAAGUGGCUUGUGGCUUUUGCGGACAAGCUGCGGAGACGUGGAGUUGGCAAGUUGCUGCAGCCGGGCAAUUUGCUGGACGAGCUGGCCAUGUUCGGAACCCGCGACGGUCGUAGUGUAGUCACCAUGCAGAAGCUCCAGUGGCGGUCAAUGCUUUGCAGAGAUUUGGUCCUGCUUUUGGAGCUGAAAGGUGAGAGGGCACAGGUCAAGCGGCUGCGUGACACCUUGGGUGAGCCGUUUUGGACGCUGUGCGACGACCCGCAGCACACGUCGCACAGCUUGUGUGAUUUUGCUCAGGUCUAUGAUCGAGGCGACAGAAAGAAACCGAGGAAGCGGCGAAGUUUUUGCUGCAAACGGCAAUACACCGGCGCUGACAACUUUUGCAGCAGCUGCGGGAUGUCUUUGCUUGGCACUGGGGCUGAGCUCUUGUCCAGUGUCUGCCAGGAGAUCUUGCUGUGGCGUGACGUGGACUUGUGUGCGCCGGACCGGCAGGCCAAACUGUCCGGUGAGAAGAAGCGAAAGAGCGCCUCUGCGUGGCUGCAGAGUGCGCCGAAGAAGACGCGAACGAUGGGUUGUUGCUUUGGCGAUUUGGAGGAACCAAAGCACGCUUUACCCUACAGGAAGUUCCCAUGGACCACGUGCCCAGUGAACCCCGUGCUGAUCUUCUGCCAGUACAUCAGCACGUUGGACCUACUUGAGUCCUACUGCGCCUAUCGAAACUGGCGGACGCUGCGCAUGGAUGGGGCCACGUCAAGAGUGCUGCGAGAGCUGGAUAUGCGGGAUUUCAACAGCCAUGACGAGGACAAAGACCUCUUUGUCUACCUCAUUGGCACACGCGCGGGUGGCUUGGGAGAUUGGAACCCCCACGUGGACCACCAGGCCAUUGACCGGGCCCACCGCAUCGGGCAGACGCGCCAGGAGUGGGGCAUCGAGGAACGUCUGGUGCUCCGCGCCACCUCCAAGCUCCAGAUGGAGCGGCGGCGGAAACCGCGGGAACGUGCUGAAACCGCGGAGGACGAAGAGGAAGAGGAAUUCCUGGCCGAUUCGGAGGACACCCUGUCCCAGGAGGAGGCCUAUCAAGGUGAAAGCCUGGAGGAUUUCAGCCUGCAGGAGCUGCUGGAGCGAGAGAGGCGCCCUGCGCCCAUCAGCGACGAGGGGCUCAGGAGCCCCGAGUUGGAGCACCAGGUCUUUCAGCGGCGCGCAGCUGCACAGAGAGCCGAACGCGAGAUGUGUGAUGAUGCCACCACCUUUGGGCAUCUUAGGCCGCCACCAGAGUCAUCUAGGAGCUCCUCGGGGCGGAUCAUCAAGUCCACGAAGACCUUCGUGUGGCGCCCUGCCGCGACGGCCGAGGAGUUCCAAGCACCAGUGGCUGCUGUGAACCGAAAGCCCAAGGUCGUCCUCAAGCACUUCCUCAAGUGCUUUGUGUGCACCGAUGGCUGUGAGGCAGCGAGCGCAAGUAAGAUGAUGCCAACGCCUUGA